UUAUUUAGGUGAUUGCCUUUGGAGCAAGGAUCUGGCUUUUUUUUAUAUGGAGUAUUUUGGUGCCCAUGGGUGAUUAAAGGGGACUCAGUUGGUGCCAUCAUUUGAGUUAUUAACACAACUUGUAUCUUGAAUUGGAAGUAGGAGAUUUCUUAAUAUUGAAAGACAGACAAUUAUGAUGUGUCCAGACUCCAGACUAACAAGAACAUAAUUCUUAAGAAUUCCUGUAACAUGAAACCGCUCUGGAGAAUUUAUUUAGGUUGUUGAUUGUGGAGGUGACCCAGUAUUGCUUUCUGAACAGCCAAAGUUUCCUAGAUAAUAAACCCAGCCUACUCUUUUUAUCAUGUGCAGUGUUUUAGAAGGUGGAACGCACUGCCUAGCCAGGAUCCUCGUGAUUGAGGUGCUCCAAAAACAGUGAGGGAAGGUCAGGGGUCUUGCAGGGUUUUGGGGUCAGGCACCUUGGCCGCCUAGGUGUGCGCUUGGCCACUACGCAGGCACCUAGAGGGGCCCCGGCCCUGGAAGUCCUACCUAGCCUAGGGCUUCAGCCCGCAUCAUGGCCUGCACAAGUGCUGAGGCCAAAAUAAAAGAAGCACGACUAAUCGAAAAGCUUAAGAAGUACGAGGUACCAAAGCUUCAAGGUCCAACUAUUGAACUUGAAGAAUUGACUGGUGAGGAGCGAUUCUACAUGAAAAAAAUGUCCCAAAAACGAUCAAAUUAUGUCCCAGUUGGUAGGCGUGGCGUGUUUGGAGGUGUUAUUCUUAACAUGCAUAUGCACUGGAAAAAACAUGAAACUGUUAAGGUUAUCUGCAAACCAUGUAAACCUGGCCAGGUACAUGAAUAUGCUGAGGAGAUUGCCAGAUUGAGUGGUGGCAUCCCAAUUCAAAUUAUAGGCAAUGAUACGAUAGUCUUUUAUCGAGGGAAAAACUAUGUCCAGCCCAAGAUUAUGUCUCCCAUUGAUACACUGUCAAAGAAGAAGGCACUAGAAAAAUCCAAGUAUGAACAGUCACUCGAGUCAGUGAGGCGGUUCAUUGCGAUAGCUGAAAAGGAAUUAGAACUGUAUUAUCGGCAUAUUGCUCUCUAUGGGGACCCAAAUCUCCGAAACUCACAUGCGAUGUCCAUUGCCCCAAGUAAAGGCUUCAGAAGAUCAGAAGAAAUACAAGUAAUGCAAAAUGAAGUUAAUAAUUCAUCAGGCGAAACAGAAGCAGGAGAAAGUGAAGGUAUGGAUUCAUCAGAAGAAAUAAAUACAGAGGAAACAGAAGAUAUUGGUUCCUCAAAUGAAAUAGAGGCAACAGAAAGUGAAGACAUAGAUUCAUCAGAAGAAACAGAAGCAACAGAAACUAUGAUUCUGAUAAAGGAUGGGAGUUGUCACGAGAAUCAGGUACGGUUCUAAGGUCAUUAGAUGAUAAAACUGUAUCUGAGGUAGAAAAAAUAACUGUUUACAGGCUUAGAAAUUCAUGGGAAUAGCAAUUGUCACUGAACUUUUUGUUCUGCAAAAGAGAUGGGAAAGGUUCUAGAUUAACCAUAUAUUUUUUGUUUAAUUCCAAUGUUUUAGAAAGAGUAGUUUUUUUUC